ACUACUGUAAUUUUCUAGUGACUAACUUAUUAGCUAAAGCGACAAUAUUGUAUACCGGGCGAUACAGUAAAAAAUACAAAGUAUUUCGAAAUAAACGACCGACACGCAUAUAAAAACACUUGGUUAUUUUUUUUAUUAUUUCUCCUGUUCUGUUUUGGCCUUGGUAAAUUGAUUUAUCAGUCGAUUCCACGUAGACGUUCAACUGUGUAUCACAGUAAAAAGACUCAGACAUAAAAAAUUACUGAGGUCUUUCUGUUGUUCUUGGCUGUGAAUUGAACAGAAAUCGGUUGGAAUGCAGUGUCUACAGAGGAUCGCCGAGUUGUGUUGAAUUUUGUAUCAUGAAUCGACCAAGUAUCAGUUCUAUUUUACCAACGGGUUCUGCAGUAGAUAGUACAAAUGCGGAUCUAAAAAUUGACCAGAUCGAAGAAUCAGUCUUUAAGGAGGUGUCUACCUUUAAAAUAGAAUUAAUCGAAAAGCUUUUAAGUCAUGACGAUUUAAUAUCACUGAUGUUCUUGGUGUGCGAUGACAUCUCGAUGUAUUCGGUCCUCCUCGAAACGGGUAAAACUCCACCGAUUACCAAAUGGGUUUCCUGCGACUCGCCCGGUUUAAUUAAACUUUUGGAAGGUUUAUGUAUAACUAAAAAUUAUAAAGUGCUUAAACAUUUUGGCGUGAACAAGUAUGACGCUUAUUAUAUUUUUACACAUGCUGAAUCGAGUAUUUCCCCAGCGAAAAAAGUCUUAUAUUCGAUUUGUAACAACUGCACGCCCGUUGAGAGUGCCAAAGCGAUCAACUCUUUGGAAUGUGGCGAAUUAAAUUAUUCAUGUCUUGAACUUCUUUUUAUUGACUGGAUAUGCAAAAAUGCAAUAAGCAUCACACUGCCUUACGCUCUUGAUCGAGUCACAAAAUUAGUGUCUACUAUCGGCAACGAGCAAUUGUCCAAAGAACUAACAAAGUUCACUUCUCAAUACGAAUUGGUUAAAUUUGACAAUGAUGUGCAGCAAAAUGCAGCAAAUUUCACUGAGGAUGAAAGUUAUCCAAUUUUUGACACCGACAAUGUUGGUUUAUGCAUCAUAGUGAAUCAAGAAAAUUUUGCUCCUGAAGGGAUGAGUGCCAGAGUUGGUUCUUUAUUGGACGUUGCUACACUUAUUAAAACGAUGAAACAUUUCAAUUUCAAAACGGAUUUCUUAAAAAGUUUUAAUGCAAACGAGUUGGAAAAUUACUUAACAACAACAAUAAAGCAGAAGUUUGAACCGAAGCAUUCAAUCCUUUUUAUUAUUAUUAUGUCGCAUGGUGUUGAAGUUUUAGGAGCUGUGUAUGGUUAUGAUGGACUCAAAGUAAGUAUUAAAGAGAUAAAAACUGCAAUUCAAAAUUCAAAAUGUAUUAAUGGAAGGCCUAUCGUUCUAAUCAUACAAGCUUGCCAGGGGAAACAAAUAUAUUCCCCAAUUGAGUCUGACGAUCCUAAGAUAAGUAUUGUAAAUGAUUUGAAUAAUCUACUGGUUUGCAUGCCAUCAAGCCCUGGAUUUUUAUCACUCAGACAUAUUGAAAAAGGAACAUUUUACAUUCAAACAUUGUGCCAGAUCAUGAGACAAUAUGAAUACGAUGACAUGUAUUCUAUUCUGACAAGACUGCAAAGCCGACUUUCCUGCCCGGAUUUGUAUCAGAAAAACAAUGCAUAUAAAGUUGCAAUGUUGCCGGAAUUUCACAGCAGAUUACAAAAAAAGUUAUAUUUAAAAAAAAGACCAUGAAAGAAAAUUUGAGAUUUAUCACGGCAUAUGUAGAUUCUACAAAAGUGGAAAAAAAAUUGUCUACAAUCAUACUUAGUAAAAAUAAUAAAACUUUUGAAAUGUA